AUGAUAAGUUUACUACAGAUCUUUUUUUCCAUCUUAAUAAUAACACAAUUUGUUCUUGGAAAUUUUGCCAAUGGCUUCAUAGCACUGGUGAACUGCAUUGACUGGGUCAAGAGACAAAAGAUUUCCACGGCUCAUCAAAUUCUUACUGGUUUGGCGGUCUCCAGGGUUAGUUUGCUCUGGACAUUAGUAAUAUAUUGGUAUGGACAUGUUUAUAAUCCAGCUUUAAAUAAUAUAGAAGUAAGAGUUAUUAUUUACAUGGCCUGGACAGCAAGCAACCAUUUGAGCCUCUGGUUUGCUACUAGCCUUAGCGUGCUUUAUUUGCUCAAGAUAGCCAAUUUCUCUAGCCUUCUGUUUCUUCACCUAAAGCAGAAAGUUAAAAGAGUAAUUCUCAUAAUAUUCUUGGGAAAUUUGGUCUUCUUGGUUUUUCAUCUUGCAUUCGUAAACAUAAAUACAAAUAUGUCAAUAAAUGAAUAUAAAGGAAAUAUCACUUGGAAGACAAAAUUGAUGGACAUCAUGCACUUUACAGAUAUGGCUCUAUUCACACUAGGAAACGUCAUACCUUUUACCAUGUCCCUGACAUGUUUUGUGCUGUUAAUCUUUUCCCUGUGGAAACAUCUCAAAAACAUGCAGCUCUGUGGCAAAGGAUCCCAAGAUCCCAGCACCAAGGUCCACAUAAGAGCCAUGCAAAUUGUGAUCUCCUUUCUCUUGCUUUUUGCUUUUUACAUCCUGGUUCUAAUCAUCUCUGUUUGGAGUUCUGAAAGUCUGCAGAUUGAAUUAAUCGUCCAUUGUGGCCAUGUCCUUGCAGCUCUCUAUCAUUCAGGUCAUUCAUUUGUCCUGAUUUGGGGAAACAAGAAGCUAAAACAGGACUUUCUCUCACUUUUAUGGCAG